UCCAUAUUCUUCCCUUUCGCUUCAAAAAAUUCCUCAAAAGAACUCUCAAUCGUGUUUCUUAUGAUGCAAUCAAGAAACCUGCUCAUUUUCCAUACCCUCAUAUGUCAUUUCCUCCCUAACCAUUAAUCAAUAGCCUUCUUCACAUUUUAACCUUUAUCUUUGGCUUCAAUUAACGCUUCUCUCUGACUUAUUUUUCUUUCUCCAAUUCAAAAAGGCUCUUGGUAAUUCAAAGCCUGAGCAGUGAUCAGGUUGCUGUCAUUUUGAGUUCAGAGAAUUUCUUGAGGGCUGGUUUAUUUGAGAUGAAAGACGAUUUGCCAGUGGGUUAUCAGAUUGAUACAGCAUGUGGCUCCCCAAGGCAUCUCAAAAAGCCAAACCAGGCCGCAAAAAAGACAUCUGAAUUCCAGAAAUUAGAACUACCCACCAAGAAGAUGAUGUCUGCAAAUCCUGAUCCUCAAGCUACCCCAUCUACAGUAACCACAGGAAUCACCAGGGGCUUUCCUUCGCCCUCAAGAACCAAUAACCAUGGCCAUGGCAGUGGAAACAGCUCUCGUAGUGACAGUUUAGAAAGCACAAGUGCGCCCAUUAAGCCACAUACUGGUGGUGAUGUAAGGUGGGAUGCCAUUAACAUGGUUUCUAGAGGAGCCCAUCUUGAUCUCAGCCAUUUUCGGCUUCUCAAGCGAAUUGGCUAUGGGGAUAUUGGGAGUGUGUACCUUGUAGAACUCAGAAAAACUAAGACUUACUUUGCCAUGAAAGUGAUGAACAAGGCAGCUCUUAUAAGUAGGAACAAACUACUAAGAGCACAGACAGAGAGGGAGAUUCUUCAACUUCUUGACCACCCUUUCUUACCCACUCUGUAUUCUUACUUUGAAACUGAUAAGUUCUAUUGUUUGGUCAUGGAGUUCUGCAGUGGAGGUAACCUUCACUCUCUUCGACAGAAGCAGCCAAACCAGCAUUUCACAGAAGAAGCAGCACGGUUUUAUGCUUCAGAGAUAUUGUUAGCUCUUGAGUACCUGCAUAUGCUUGGCAUAGUGUACAGAGACUUGAAGCCAGAGAAUGUUUUAGUCAGAGAUGAAGGCCAUAUAAUGCUCUCAGAUUUUGACCUAUCCCUUCGCUGCUCAGUCAAUCCUACACUCAUCAAGUCUUCAUCUGCACAUGUAAGUGGUAGCAAUGGCAGUAGUGGUGGGUCUGGGGCCAUUUUGGAUGACCAGCAAGCAGUGCAGAGUAGUGUGCAAUCAUCAACUUUCUUCCCGCGCAUUUUACCAUCAAAGAAAAACCGAAAAUCAAAGUCAGAUUUCGGCCUCAUAAAUGGAGGAGCCCUCCCUGAAUUCAUGGCAGAGCCUUCAGAUGUGAGGUCAAUGUCCUUUGUAGGGACACAUGAAUACCUUGCACCUGAAAUCAUCCGAGGAGAAGGUCAUGGCAGUGCAGUAGAUUGGUGGACUUUUGGGAUCUUCUUGUAUGAGCUUUUACAUGGGACAACGCCCUUCAAAGGCGCUGGAAAUAGAGCUACACUUUUCAAUGUUGUAGGACAGCCCUUAAGGUUCCCAGACACUCCCCAGGUAAGUGCUGCAGCAAAAGACCUUAUCAAAGGAUUGCUAGUGAAGGAACCUCCAAAGCGCAUUGCAUAUAUAAGGGGUGCCACAGAAAUAAAACAGCACCCAUUUUUUGAGGGAGUGAACUGGGCUCUAGUUAGAAGUGCCCUGCCUCCUCAUAUACCAGAUCCUGUAGAUUUUACCAAGUAUGCUAGCAACGAAUCAGCAGAAGCAGCAGACAAGGUGAUGGAUAUAGCAAAAGAUAAAAACGGCCCACAUGCUCCAGCUGAUUCUUCUUACAUGGAUUUUGAGUAUUUUUAACAGAAAAGUAGUCCUAUUUUUACAAAGAACGGUACUG